AUGUCCAGCCAGCCAGCCGCAGUCCCACCACCACAUGUUUGCAAAGAAAUCCCUCCAGUGGAGAAGGAUAUCCCCAUCGACGACUGCGUCUUCCGCAGCUACAAAUGGCCUGCUGCGAAGGAUAACUGGAAAGGCCGUGUGCUUUUCGUCCACGGAUACAGGGACCACCACCAGCUGUACAACGAGUUGGCUGAAAGCGUCGCCAAAGCUGGGUUCGACUUCUUCUUUUUCUAUCAACGUGGAGAAGGAGAAAGCAGAUUGGUGGACAACUCCAAAGGUGUCAGUGACGACUACUAUGCGUACAAGGCGCUCGACGACAUGAUCGAGUACAACCUCAAGGAGCUGAGCGACGAGAAGCUGCCUGCCAAGUUGCACCUGAUGGGAGCCUCGAUGGGAGGGGGCCUAAUCUUGAACUAUGCGUGCCACGGCCUAUACAGAGACAAAAUCAAGUCUCUGUCGGCCCUCUCUCCCUUGAUUGUGUUGCACAAAAACUCCUACCCCGGGAAGCUCAUCGAGUAUAUCGUCAGAACGAUCUGUGUCUUCGACUUCGGCAAGAAGCUGAGAGUCAACAGCCCGCUCAAUUUGGAGUAUAUCACCGGAGACGAGGAGUACCAGAAGUUCAUGCGGUCACUCGGAGACACCAAGGCGUUGAACGGUGCCUUUGUCGAAACCAGAGAUUUCAUCUUGCGGGGAAGAAACUUGCUCACCGAACAGGUUUACUCCGGCAUGGACUCGAGAGUCCCGGUUUUUAUCUGUCACGGAGAGAACGACAACAUCACCGAUGUGAAUGGAAGCAAGGCAUUUAUCUCAGCGCUAAAUUCAAUCGACGGAAUGGAAAACAAGAAGAUCAGCACCUAUCCGGAUGGUAGACACCAGCUUACAGCAGAUAUCCCUGGUGUUCGCCACCAGGUCAUAGCGGACUUGAUUAAUUUCCUCACCACAAACAAGGACUGA